AUGGUUAGUCCGCAUCCAGACCCGGCACUGGCCAAGCCAGACUGCAGCUCCGGCCUCGCCCACCAAUGCGACAAGGUGCUCGGGACUCCCGACCCAUUGGCAACGCUGCCACUGGCGGAGCCGAGCGCUAACCUGCCCAGGAUGGAGAUCCCGGCUCCCGCGGUUCCGCUGCCCAGCACGACAUUGCCGGGGGCCGCGAUGGUGCCGGCCUCUGGAGGGAUCAGCGCCCGGUCGGGUGCCUCGGGUAGCCCGUUCGAGGAGCGAUCCACGCAGUUAGUGCCCAUGGGUGAGACCCGAAAAGUCGAGGAGCUCCUGGCAGACGACAGGUUCCUAGACUCCCUGGCUGGCAAGCUGGCGAACCGCCUGGGCGGCAUGGGUCUGCAGGGCCCAAGCGCCACUGCCCGCGGAGCUUCGGCAACCCUUGGUGGCACCUUCUUGGGCCACAUGAAGCGGCCCGAGCCGCCCGCUUUCCAAGAGGGGGCCAUCGGCCCCGACGGGAACAAGGCGACACUACCCAGAGCUCUGCAGGUGGGCGGUGGCCAGCCAGUUGACAAGACGUCGAAGGGCGUGCAACACGCUGACAACAAUGAGGUUCACAUGACCAACAUGGACGUGAAUGCCUUCACGCAGGAAAAGAUGAGGGGCGAGUGCUACGUGCGAUUGCUUGUGCACCCAGAUGCUGCCUCCGCGAAGAAGGCCAUCGUGCCGUACCAGGGAGACAUGAUGAACCCAGACAUCAGCCUGGUUAUGGGCGCGAACAGGCCAAACCUGGUGGUUCCGCCCAAGGCGGCCGUGCCGAACGAGGAGGGCGAGCUCAUGGAGGACGACGAGUUUGCCGACUUCGAGAAGCACGACAAUGUCGCCUUCUCCUUCGUGCGCCACAACCGCUACGAAGCCAUCGAGGCGAUCAUCCAGCAAGAAAGUGGCAUCCUGGAAGCCAAGGACGAAUUUGGCAACAACAUGCUGCACAUCGCCUGUCAGAACGAUCAUCGUCGCAUUGCCAAGCUACUGCUCAAGAACGGCAUCAACGUCAACGAUCAGAACAAAGCUGGGAAUACGCCUUUGCACUACUGCUUCCAGUACAACUUCCUGCACUUGUCGGAUUACCUUAUCGCCCAUGGGGCCGAUGAGACAAUCGCGAACAAGAAGGGCCUGCUACCAUCGGAGGGCACUGGCAUCGGGGAGGGCCAGUAG